ACCAAGUCGUAAAUAGAUCUAGUCACGCCUACUUUUCACGUGCUUGGAAUGGCUACUACUACAACAGGACAGUGUGAGGAUGAAGAAGAAAGGGAAGAGGCAGUGGAGUCUGACGAGGAUGAGGAGACCGUGGAAGAUGAGGACUUACCUGAAACUAGUGGAGAUGAGGAGGAUGAUGGCGAGGCUGGCAAUCAGUUGAUACAAGCCAUUGCACUACUGGGAAAGAAACAGCAUACUAGGCAACGAAAUGAACCAUCAAGCAUCAUAUCAGAAUUUAACAUAUCAACUGAUCAACAAAAAAAUAUUGACACGAGUGAACUAUUGCAAGGACUCACUAACAAGAAAGGACUGAAACAACUGAAGCAAAGGCUGAAUAAAUUAAGUGACAAUACAACUCAGCUACUCAAACCAUUAGCCCCAAUACAAAAAGACAGAAUCCAUCGUAAAUUAGCUUAUGAGAAAUCGUCAAAACAAAUCUCGGACUGGGACCCGAUUGUCAAGCACAAUAAGAGAGCUGAUCACUUGCAGUUUCCAUUGCAAGAAGAUGUACCUGCCAUUCCAUCACUAAACACUAAAGUUGAAUCUUUUAAAGCAGUGACUCCGUUAGAGCUGGCAGUACAGGCCAUGUUGAGUAGCAGUGAUCAUGUCAUUGAAGAUGGUGAAGAAUUGAGUAAAGCAGAGAAAAGAGAAUUAUUGAAACUGUCAAUACAAGAAGCUAAAGAGAGAAGAGCUGAGUUGAGCAAGAUGAGGUCAUUGCUGUCAGCUUACGAACAAAAGCAAAAGAGACUCAAACGCAUUAAGAGCAAGAGUUUUCAUAGAAUUCAGAGAAAGAGAAAAGAGAAGCUUGCUUCUAAAGCAGGAGAAGAUGAUUCUGAUGAUGUGCUCGAAAAAGCUGAAAAACUCCGUGCAAAGGAAAGAGCCACAUUAAAGCAUUCAAGAAUGUCGAAGUGGGCCAAGGAUCAACUGGCAAGGAAACACAAAGACCCAAAUACUAGAUAUUCACUGACAGAGCAGUCUCGAUUAAAGUCAGAGCUAAAGCAAAAGAAUUACGAAGAAAAUGAAGAUGAAGACUCAGAUCAUGUAGAGUCAGAGAACGAAGAUGUUGAUGAUAUUACUAUUUAUGAUACUCUUGACAAUACACAGCAACACUCAGAGGCUGAUAGAAGAACUGACAAUAAUAUAAAGUCUACCAAUACUAGUAGCAGUGCUCUUAUUGAUCCAACUGACUUCUUGACCACAGAGACACUGAGGGAGCAUGAUUUGGUGUCUGCUAAUGAAAACGUUUUAGCAGCCAAGGAAGCUUUUGCAGAUGAUGAUGUCGUUAUGGAAUUUCUAAAAGAGAAAGAGGACGAAGUUGAGAAAAGCAAACCAAAAGAAGUUGACUUAACAUUACCAGGUUGGGGAACAUGGGCUGGUGAAGGGGUUGUGAAAAAGAAAAGAAAGAGAAAGGAGAAGGCUGAAGAAGAGAAGAAUAAAAAUAAAAAAGCAAAAUUGUCCGAGCAACGUAAAGACGACAAGUUAAAGUAUGUCAUCAUUAAUGAUAAACUGGACAAGAAAGCAGCUAAACAUCUUGUGAGUCAAGUUCCUUAUCCUUUUGGAGGAGAUAAGAGGCUGUUUGCAAGAAAGAUGGCGACACCCAUUGGACGUAACUGGAACACAGAGACUCACUUUAAUGACACCAUAAAACCAAGGAUCAAGACAAAGAUUGGAGCUGUCAUUGAGCCAAUGAAAGUAACAGAAGAAGUUGAACAAUUUAUUAAAAAGACUAAACGCGAUAAGAGAAAGAAGUAGUUGUCUUUUUUCUGUUACUGUUAUAGAAUACUUUUCAUAAUAUUCUGUGCACAAAAAUUUUGUCAUGAUUAUUUUGGAAUUAUUGUCAUUAACAUUGA